UGUGGAGCCGCUUCCCGCCCUGCCUCCCCUCCGGCCGCCGCCACCUCCUCCUCCUCCACCCCACACACGCACCCUCCCCCCCCGCCUCCCUCCCGCCGGCCCGCGGAUUUAAAGGGGCAGCGGCGCCGGCCGGGGGAACCAUGCCGAACUUCUGCGCGGCGCCCAACUGCACCCGCAAGAGCACCCAGUCCGACCUGGCCUUCUUCCGUUUCCCCCGCGAUCCGGCCAGAUGUCAGAGAUGGGUAGAGAACUGUCGAAGGGCAGAUUUAGAAGAUAAAACUCCAGAUCAACUCAACAAGCACUACAGAUUGUGCGCUAAACAUUUUGAGACUUCUAUGAUAUGCAGAAGUAGCCCCUACAGAACGGUUUUACGGGAUAACGCUGUGCCAACUAUAUUUGAUCUUACAAGUCACCUGAACAAUCCCCACAGCAGACAUAGGAAAAGGAUAAAAGAGCUGAGUGAAGAUGAAAUAAGAACAUUGAAGCAGCAAAAGAUUGAUGAUGCUUUUGAACGGAAACAGGCAACUCAAGAAUCAAAUGAAAACAAUGAGCAAAAUACUGCCUCAGAGGAAGGAGGGGAAGAACAAGAGGAAAAGGCUGUCCCCUUAACACUGGAAGAAAGAGAAAACAAAGAUUACCUUAAAUCAUUAUUUGAAAUUUUGAUCUUAAUGGGUAAACAAAAUAUUCCAUUGGAUGGCCAUAAUGUUGACGAACUUCCAGAAGGUAUUUUUACUUCAGAUAACUUUCAGGCUCUACUGGAAUACAGAAUAAAUGGUGGCGAUGAAGUUCUGAGGAAACGAUUUGAGAUGACUGCAGUCAACCUUGAGUAUUGUUCGAAAACUCAGCAGAAGCAAAUGCUUGAGAUCUGUGAAAACUGUGUUAGAGAGGAGACACUGAGGGAAGUAAGAGACUCGCACUUCUUUUCUAUUGUCACCGAUGAAGUAGUAGACAUAGCAGGUGAGGAACAUUUGCCAGUGUUAGUGAGAUUUGUUGAUGAUUCUCACAAUCUAAGAGAAGAAUUCAUAGGGUUUUUACCAUAUGAGGCUGAUCCUGAAAUUUUAGCUGUUAAAUUCCACGCAACUAUUACUGAAAAGUGGGGUCUAAACAUGGAGUACUGCCGGGGUCAAGCCUACAUUGUCUCCAGUGGAUUUGCUUCUAAAAUGAAAGUUGUGGCUACAAGACUCUUGGAAAAGUAUCCACAAGCUGUGUAUACGCUGUGUUCCUCAUGUGCCUUAAAUGUUUGGCUGGCAAAAUCUGUUCCUGUUGUGGGUGUUUCCAUUGCAUUAGGAACAAUUGAAGAAGUUUGCUGUCUUUUUAAUCAGUCUCCACAAUUACUAGUAGAACUGGACAAUACAAUUUCUGCUCUUUUUCAGGACAACGACGAAAAGGGUAAUGAGUUGAAGAAGAUCUGCCGUUCUCAGUGGACAGGCAGGCAUGAUACUUUUGAGGUAUUAGUGGACCUCCUGCAAGCACUGGUACUGUGCUUGGAUGCUGUGAGCAGUGACUUUUCUGUCAGGUGGAACAACUUCAUUGUUGGUCGAGCAUUUGUACUUUCAAGUGCACUAACAGAUUUUGAUUUCAUUGUCACUAUUGUAAUUAUGAAAAAUGUUCUGUCUUUUACAAGAGCAUUUGGAAGAAAUCUCCAGGGACAAACAUCAGAUGUGUUCUUCGCAGCUGGCAGCUUAACAGCAGUAUUGCACUCUCUGAAUGAAGUGAUGGAGAAUAUUGAAGUUUACCAUGAAUUUUGGUUUGAGGAAGCCACAAAUUUGGCUACAAAACUGGAUGUACAAAUUAAACUCCCAGGAAAAUUUCUCAGGGCACAACAGGGGAACUUCGACCCUGAUAUGACAUCAGAAAAUUACUACAAAGAAAUCCUAAGUGUCCCAACAGUAGAGCAUAUUAUUCAAGAAUUAAAAGAUAUUUUCUCAGAACAACAUUUAAAAGCUCUUAAAUGUUUAUCAUUAGUGCCCUCAGUCAUGGGACAGCUCAAAUUCAAUACGUCUGAGGAGCAUCAUGCUGACAUGUUCAAAAAUGACUUGCCCAAUCCAGAUACACUUUCUGCUGAGCUUCACUGUUGGAGAAUCAAGUGGAAGCACAGAGGAAAAGAUAUUGAACUUCCAGCUACUAUUUAUGAAGCACUUCACUUGCCAGACAUAAAGUUUUUCCCUAAUGUUUAUGCAUUGCUUAAAGUCUUGUGCUUACUUCCAGUGAUGAAGGUGGAGAAUGAAAAAUACGGACUAGGACGAAAGCGCUUAAAGGCAUACCUGAAAAACACCUUGACAGGGCAAAGGUCAAGCAACCUUGCUUUGCUGAACAUAAACCUUGACAUAAAACAUGACUUAGAUUUGAUGGUGGACACUUACAUUAAACUCUAUCCAGAUAAAGUGGAAUUUCAAGACUGUAUUCCUGCAAACAAUUCUGAAGUAACAGAUAAUGCCUAACUUUUAAGCUCUAACCAAUCUGUUGAAACAGCUUGUUCUUAAUUAAGUUUCAAAGCUGGGGAGAAAAACUGGUGAAAUCUUAAAAAAUCACUGCAAUUGUGUUUUCAUUUUUAGCCUUGGGCUGAACAAGCUGUGGUCAAAGACCUAAAUUAUGUGUUGUUAGUCCAUGCUAAAUGUGUUUGGCAAACAAAAUCAAGCCUGACACAAGCCCAUGCUCUUGGCAGAGGUGCUUUCUACAUCUGAUUGGCUUAACUAGGUGCUCGUUUACUUUAUUGCAUCGUGGAAAAAGUACAUUACGAUUGUAGAUCUGAUGGGGCUGUUACAUAUUCACUGAUUAAUUAGGAUAAGAAAGAAAUUCAAACUACUGAAAAGAGUAUAAUCUAUUUCAGUUCAUUACUUAAUGUUUUUUUUAAAACCCAAACUUUUAAGAAAGUCUUUGAUGUAUAUUUAAGUGGCAUUUUGGAGAGUGGAUUCAGCUAUUGCACGAUCCCCAUGCUAUGGACAGGUCUCAGUGUAAAGUGAAUGUCAGUGAUAUAGGGGUACGUUCACGGUUUUGUUGGAAGAGUCAACCUCUAAUCUCUUGAUGACUGUUUACAUUCCUUUGUGUCAGACACAAAACUUUUUUCUUUAGGCUUAACAGGUAUGGCAGGAGUAUUUAAGUUCUUAAAAGACACUAAAAACUUAAAAUUUAUUCCACAAACAUUUAAAUCUGCUCUGCCCCAACUCUGAUGCAAACACCAUCCAUCUUAUAGUAUGUUUAUUUGUAAACUCACUCUGGAAAGAUUAAAAUAAGAGUUUGUUGUUUGUCUAGAAGUAAGAUUGGAAAAAUUGCUGUUAUUUUUGGUGAGAAUGAAACAUUUUUGUACAGUUUAUGGAAAUUUAAAAUAAAAUGUGAAUUGCUUUUUACGUAGCAUUGGAUUUCCUAGUAAAGCUGUGCCUCUGGAAAUGUGUUCUGUAAAGGUGCCUUUUUAUUUUAGCAAUUUUUUUCUUCAUUGUUUUUGCAAUUCUAGUGAGUGGCAUUUUCUGAAGACAGAGGAAACUGUGCAAUAGUACAACUGAUGUGCAUGUUCUGCAAGGUUUUUUAAAGUAUUUUGAGAUAGCACUAACUACAGUGCUUUUACUGAUAGAAGUUCUGACAAUCAGGCAGAAAGAGAUUAAAUUUGAAAUGGUUCAAAAGUAAAGUUUUGCAGCUAUCCUGAUGCAUGACAGGUUUAUAACUUAUUUAUCAAAUCAAACAUUAAAAAUCAAAUGGCUUGGGUUGAAAGGAAUCUUAAAGCUCAUCCAUUUCCACCCACUGCCAUGGGCAGGGACACCUUCCACUAGACCAGUUUGCUCUAAGCCCCAUCCAGCCUGGCCUUGAACGCUUCCAGGAAUUGGGCAGCCACAGCUUCUCUGGGCGACCUGUGCCAGGGUCUCGCUGCCCUCAGAGCCAAGGAUUUCCUCUGCUAUCUAACAUAAAUUUCCUCUCUUUUAGCUAAAACCAUUCCCCCUCGUCCUGUCACUAAGUUCCUGAUGCUGAGUCCCUCUCUAGCUUCCCUGUAGCCUAUUCAGAUAGUGGAAGGCGCUGUGAGGUCUCCACACAACUUUCUCUUCUCCAGGCUGAACAGCCACUGCUUUCUUGUCCUCUCUCCAUAUGGGAGGUGCUCCAGUCCCAUUUCCAAGUUUAUGUCCUUCUUAUGUUGGGGGUAGGUGGGAAAUUACAAUACUAUUAUGUACUUCGCAGAUGCAGUGAGAAAGGUCCCCAGCAACAGCAAAUUGAAUGAUUCUAAAGAAUAUGAGUUCGUAGGGCUCCAAUGUAGUCAAAACAAUAAGAUCAAAUUUGGAAAAAGCCCCACCUUUUCAAAACAUUAUCUUUUCAGUAGUAUUUGUAUAUGCUUUCUGAUAUACUUUUAUGCUAUUGCAAUUCUUGUCUCAAUAGUUAUAAGUUUAAAAUUAGUUUUAGUUCAUAUCUUUCUCUGUUCCUCUCAAUAUAUGAAAAUAGCUCCCAAAUCCUGGUUAAUGCUAUAAAAAAACCAUUUUAAAAUUAAAAAUCAUAUGGAAAGUUGGCUCUUUUUAAAGAUGAUCUCAAUUAUAAUUUUAAUAAAAUAAAUAAAAAAUAUUUCCCAUCUUGGAGUUCUGUGUGUUCCCCUGCUAAACACAGCAACAUGGUGGUCAUGACAUCAGAGGUCAUGAGCCCUGUGUCAGUAAAGUCAGGUUGGAUGAGCCCAGGCUUACAGGUGCAAUCAGAGAGGGAAAAUAGAUGUCCAGUAACAUAGAAUUGGCCAAAAGAGCUGAAGACUGCUUUCUGACUGUGUAAAUGAGGCCUUUCUAACUAGUGUACUGAGACAAAUUGGAAAAGGGAAAUGCACUAAAACUCUGUUUAAGUUAGUGUCUACUGGAGCUCAGCUGAAGACACAUGCUUGUGGUAAGCUUUGCCAGUUAGCUGGCUCAGUCUUUUGGUUUUGAAGUGCCUUUCACAGAGAUAUUUAGCUUGUCUGUAAUAAAUCGGGAGCUCCUGAUUUAUUACAAUUUGACUUGUCCUGUUGGUGAGGAAUCUUGAUUUUUUAAUACCUAUGCUGAAAACUAAAAGAAGGGAGAUUAAGAUGAGCUGUUGGGGAAAAUUCUUUUCUCUGCGGGUGGUAAAACACUGACACAGGUUGCCCAGAAAAGCUGUGGCUACCCCAUCCCUGGAAGUGUCCAAG